AUGGCUACGGAUUCCCCUCGUCCUAAGGAUAGUUCUAUCCUGGGCGAGUCUUGGAUAGUGGCAUCAUCUUCCCCAGACAAGGAAGAGCGACCGAAUAAGAACCAGCCUCCUGAAAGCCCAAGUCAAAGCCGUCACCUAAACAAAGAAGCUGGUCGUCAAGAGUGUAACAAUGGGUGCGACUCGAUGACCACAUCGGCCUCCUCUAUAUCAGGACCCGAGCUCAUAAUGCCCUCAAUAUAUGAGACGCCUAUCGCGGAGGGUUCCUGGGUUGCGCCGGAUGUGCGAUCCAAAUCAAAGACCGCGCAUUCUCUUAGGCGCCGACAUAAAGCAGCGCGCGAAAACACACCGCGAACAGAGAAACAUGACCUGGACAUGUCCAAGGAGAAUGACUCCUCUAAACAAGGGCCAAGCACUAGUCAGGUAGAUGAGAAGCUCUCCCGUCCAAAGUCAGCGUCAAGGUCUAAAACGUUGCAAACACUGAUUCGAACCAUAAUAAACAUACUACUUGUCGUGGCCAUUUCGCAUCUGCUCAUCAUUCCCGAAGUAGUACAGCAGUAUCAGACUUUAUGCACGAUAGAAGCUAUUUCCACUCUGUACCCGGCCAGUUGUAUUCCACCUUACCCCCAGCCUCAGACCAACCAUCACCGUGCAUCCCGUUACGAUACCGUUGUAUCCUCUCAAACGCGGCUAGAAUCCCUAUUUAAUACGACUCUGCAUGCAAUGACCCCGCUAUCAGGCACGUUGAAGCAAAGCGAGUCGAAGCUCCGCUACAUCGAGACGGAGCUAAAGAAGGUGUACCCGGGCAUGAAACACGAGCUCGACCUCGAAUUUAGCGGCUGCUGGGAAGCCACCAGAGCCGCCACCAAGAAAUUCGAUUCCCUCAAAGUUGACAUCCGUUCUGCGGUCGACAAUUUGAUCGCGACCAACGGGGCAACGGCGGCAGGUGACUCACAAUCCGCCGCUCAGGGCGCCCGGCUAUCGACGCAAAUGUCGUGGCGCGAACAGUACCUUGAUCAGCUGACUACCCGCAUGCAGAGCAAGGCUGACUCUUUGUCCAACGAUCUCGCCACACUAGAUGACCACCUAGAAUCUAUUAGCAGCAUCUUAGCUCGUGAAAUGACACAGUCAUCGGCAUCUUCAGGCACGACAGACUCCGCUGCGGAGUCUCCUGGCGGUGGACUUCGGGCAUUCGUUGACAAAUUACCUUCGUUUUUCCGUCCAACAAUAGAUGGAGAGAACCUAAUUCGUCCGGAUUUGUCGAUAUCUGAGCUCUUCCAAGACGCUGCGGAGCAGCAUCGUCCCGUUGUUGAUACCGUGCGACGAUUGUCCUCAGAGUUACAAAACUUACAGAAGAAGAGGGCAUACUGA